GGAUGGGACUGAAGAAACAAGGUGGGCAUCUUCCUCUAUCACAUUAGAGAGAACUGUGCUUAUUACUCUCUGCUGUAUAAACUGCAACGCCAAGACUUACCGGAGCCAGUUGUAUUCAAUAACGCAACUAAGUUGGUUCAUUUCGCACUCUGAACCUUGAGCUGUUUUGCCGGAUUUGAUGACCUCCUCCCAUCAGAGGGGUAAAUCUAUAGUUCAGGCUUAAAAAGUGCCCCAAAACGAAAGAUUGAACAGUGUUGGACGUAACAAGGCUUAAAUCUGAAGUUGUGGUUUGAUUAAUUCUGUUGCUAUUGCUCACUGUCACUGGUGAGAAUUGUCGUUUGUUUAAGUGAGAGGGAAGUUGCAUACAUGGAGAACACCGACCAAGAAAGUGCUCCACUGAUUGCAAACAACGACCGACCCAGAGAUUUGGCAAUUACUGUCACUGAACACGGCUUAUUAGAGCCUGUGCCUGAGUGCUGUAUUUACAAGGCCCCUAUACGGUUUCGUGAAGCAAACGAAAAAGUCUACACUCCUCAAUUGAUUUCAAUAGGGCCUGUUUUUCAUGGUAACAAAAAUUUGGCUCUAAUGGAGAGGCAAAAGCAGAGAUAUUACGAAAAUUUUUUGAGGGGGACUUCCGUUGAGACGUUGAAGAAAACUGCGAGCUACAUCGAAAAUAAUUUAGAACCUAUAUGCAGAUGUUAUGAGGCCCAAUUUGUCUUUGAGUUGGAGGCUUCCAAAUUCAUAAAGAUAAUAUCAUAUGAUGCAGUUUUUAUCAUUGAGCUCUUCUUGAGGACAAUUGGAGAAACAGACGAUGACAACUUUUUCCGUGGAGAAUUGUUAAGGGUUGAACUUCCAACGGAUUUGAUGUUACUUGAAAAUCAACUCCCAUUUUUUGUCCUUGAAGAUAUAUAUAACAGAGCUUUUCCCGAGCCUGCUGCUAUCUUUUCUUUCCUUGAUCUGGCUUGUUGGUACUUUGAUGUCAAUAAAGAUCUAUCUCUGGACGAAAGGGAGAUUAAACACUUCACGGAUUUAAUUAGAUACCAAGUAAUGAGUUCUUACCCACCAAACUCACUUGAGGGAAUCCGCAACCUGUACAGUGCAACGAUGUUGCAAGAGGCCGGUGUUAAGUUUAUCGGUGUUAAGAAUGAUGAAGUUCGUAUUGAAAGUGUCGGGUUUGUAGGUCGUAAGCCUGAAGUUCGUAACAAUAUAAAUAACUUGCUUAAUGUAAAAUUUGAGAAGGGAGUGCUAGAACUCCAAAUAAUUACUAUAGAGUAUGAAACAGAGAUUCGUUUUAGAAACUUGAUGGCCUUCGAACAAUGUCACUAUCCAAAGGAAGCUUAUUUUUGUAGUUAUAUUCUAUUACUAGACUCACUUGUUGACACAAGUGAAGAUGUAGAUUUAUUGGUAAAAAAAGGAAUUAUUGUCAAUAGAUUGGGUAGUAGUGCAGCCGUGGCCGAUAUGAUUAACAACCUUGCUGUGGGAGUUGUACAUUCAGUUAUGCUUUAUGGCCAAAUCGGAAGGGAUCUAAACAGGUAUUAUCAUAGUUCUUGGAAUCGUCGAUGGACUACCUUGAAGCAUGUCUAUUUCAACAAUCUCUGGAGAGGAACUGCAACUAUUGCUGCUUUCAUUGUAGUGAUGCUCACCCUCACACAAACUGUAUUGGCAAUUCUGGAUCGAUCAAUGCCCACAAAAUAAAUACUCCUACUUGAUUGCAAUCUUUCAUUCAAUGAAAAUUUUUUUAAUGUAUGCUAAUUUGUGUUUGUUUUGCACUUUCCAGUCUAUUUGGUAUUUGCUUGACCGUUUGAGUAGAAAGAUGAUUUCGAACUUUGUUUCUCCUAUCAUGUGUUGCUUCUAUCAAUGAACGAAUUGUAUGCUAAUUAGAUUUUAUCAUAUUUUUAUGGGGUUGGAUUGUUUCUUGUA